UUAAAUCUCCUGAACGCAGCCCCGCAGCUUUUCUCUGCUGGCUAAAGCCACUGCGCAUGCGCUCUGCUGACACUCCAGUAAUCCGCUGGAGGAGAUCGCAUCCCCGUCCACUUCGCUCAGGCUGCUGCCGGUGAGGGAGAAUUCAAUGACUGGGGAAUGUGGACUUGGAGAUCCUAGAUGUUCGGACCUUAUUAUGGGAUGGAGCGGAGUUGUGUUGUGAGCAAGCAAGGCGACACCGGGACAGGAGCGAGGAUGCCUCCGAAUAGAAGAACAGGCUCGGCUUGUAAAUUUGACAUGAAGAACGCAGACAGGAAUGAAGCCGGCAAAAGAUAAGAGGUUUUCCCUGAUAUCUGUAUGUCGCUGGUACGCGGAGACAUGCGCAGAUAGAACAAAAUAAUACCAACAGUGCUGUUAAUUCUAAGGCUGAAGUGGAAACCCGUCUUUCUGGGCUGGAAAAGCCCGUGUGACCAGCGCUUAUUUCAUGAUCACCUAAUAAAUACGUUGUCACCCUUCCUAUUCACCCUCUAUCGAAAUGCCCACUGUGAAGUUUCUCCUCCGUGACACUUUCGCGGUAAUGACGCUGGUUUCUGUCAGCUGCUUCGCCUCGUAGAGACCCGCAAUGACAGGCAGGCAGGUCCACAUAAAUCCGAGCCAGCCUUCAGGAACUGGACCGGCCGGGCUUCGGGUUGUGGGAUCAGACAGAAAUUAAGCUGCAGCUCUCAGACAGCCGGGAAACCAGGAUCAUCUCCCCACUGUUGUGUGGCAGAGGACUGCAGCGUGACACCCAGCACACAUUCAGCCCACCCUCUCGGGUAAUUUGCUGGGUAACUCUGGGAGAUUUGAGGUGUAAAGAACCUUUUAACUUUCUUCUUGAAAUCCUGAAUUCUGUAAAUACAGUAAAGUUUGAAGAAGAUAUCCCUCCAUGAAGAUUUCUUGCAUGCAGUUUGAUCCUUCAGAGAAAUGCAGCUGAUGGGUUGCAGUUAAAUCUUCACAACAGCUGUUCAUCAGCCUGGAUGACUGAAAGGGGAGACUUGGGUAUUUGCAUACUUGUAGUUUUGCCAAAACCCCUCCCUUGAAACCCAGUGGAUUAAUUUCCUCCAGUUCCCCAUUGUAAAUAACUGCAGAUAUUUUCCAGGCUACUUUCACUUCUUACUUCAAUAGAGCUGCAAUUUAAGGGGGUUGAGAUGCUGUCAUGUUAAAUCUCAGCAAACAGAUUGAUGUUGCCAUAUCUUUAAGGUUGUUUUAAGAUGAUCCUCAGAGUAUGUACAGCAGAGAAGACAGGAAGAGCUUGCAAGGACUUAUUUCAUGCUAUGUACAAGACUUGCUGCAGAAUGUCGCAAGCAUAGAAGAUGCAAGGUGAGAAUUGCAAGGCUUUGCAUCAGAAAAAAACUACAUUUUAACCUCUGGAAUCAGUAAAAAUGCCCCCAGUACUGGGAACUUUUCGUAUGAAUUCUUGGAAAAGCCGUCUGCUUUGGACUCUCUGCCUUCAAAUCACCCUCAUUUUUGAGCACGUUUGUUUAUACCUGAGCUGAGGAGGACAUCUGUGCUAUUUCUGAGGAUCUUGUUGUGCUUCCCUCGCUACAGCGCUGGAUCGCUCAUCAACUUCUGUGUUGCAGGGAAAACAAAAGCGAACACUUCACAUAUCAAAAAGAAACCGGAGACUAUUUUACCUACAUCUGUGACGAUGGGGAGCUCUGCCUCGUCUCUCGCCGCAGAGACCGAGUCGGACCAUGGCUUUGGCAGUACCUCCUAUCCAUCGACGCCCCCUGUGGGCUGGCUCAGAACCAGCCACAGCAGUCCAGUGUGGAGUACCACCUUCAUCACACGGCAGCACCAACACACUCUGCCACACCGAGAGCGCAGUCACUCCCACUCUCCUGGUUCCAUGGCUGCAGCAGUGCGAAGCAGUGAGUGGUCAUGUGGACGCUGCACCUUCUUGAAUGCGGGUGCGGCACCUCGCUGCUCCAUCUGUGAGGCACCGCGCCAGAAACCAGACUUUAACCAAAUUCUCCGGCUGAGCAGCACCGAGGAGCAUCGCUGGGCCUGUCCACGCUGUACACUCAAUAAUCCACAGGGAACCGGAGCCUGCUCGGUCUGUGGCUUCGGUCCAUCUUCCGCCAACAACACCCCCCCUACCACAACCAUAGCUGUUACUGCCAAUGGCCUCCCAUCGGCUCCAAAUGAGCCCCCAGCACCAGCCGUGACCCCCACAGUACUACUUGAGCCCAAUGGACAGCAUGCAGUUAAAGAGGAAGUGUUGCGCCGGUCUGAGAGCAACGGAGAAGUGAGUGGCCAUGAAGGUCAGAACCCGGGCUGGGCUUGUGCACGGUGUACACUCCACAACACCCCUGUGGCACUAUCAUGUUCAGCCUGCGGUGGACCCAGAAAACUGUCAUUGCCUAAAAUCCCGCCAGAGGCACUUGUAGUACCUGAGGUGCGUACACCUGUCAUUGGGUUUCCUGUUCACACCACUCCAUCAGCACCCCUAGUCAUUGACCUCACAGAUGAGUCUAACACGACCACUCCCUGUGAUCCUCAAGAGUCUCCACAAGUUUCUUCCCAGGGUCUCUCUUCGCCUUAUCCAACAUUCCCCUCCCUCCAGAACAACCCUGUGCCCCGCAGCCGGAGAGAGGUUCCCCCACCGGGUCGCCCACAAAACCAAGGAACCAAUAGUCCCAGCCCCACUUCCCCAUCAACAGCCAGCGUGCCCCCCCAGCCAGGCCCACAGCGGCUGGCCCAGCCCAAACACGCACAACCCCAAGAACCUUCAUACCCUAGCAAGCGCCUCAGCAUCUUAGAAGAAGAAGACUCUCAGCACCACCCACUGACUCCCCACCUUGCCUCCCCUGCUAACCCCACCUGGACGUGCCCUAGUUGCUCUUUGCCUAAUGCUGUUAGCUCAGCGAAGUGCGAGAGCUGCAGAUCAUCAAGGGCCGGCACCGACCUCAUCGACCUGGUAGGCUGUGAAACAGUACGAUUUACUCCAGCUAGCCCAUCCAGUCCAGACUUUAGCACCUGGGCCUGCUCCAAAUGCACUCUGCGGAACCCCACAGGUGCACCCAAGUGCUCAGCUUGUGGUUCUUCCAAACUGCACGGCUUUCAGGAGCAGCAACCCCCGGUGCCCCGCUGUUGUACACACUGUGGCCUCCCAUCAGGGUCUGGCUCUGCUUCAUGCUCUUGUCCACCUUCCUCCACCUCAUCAGGUCAUAAAACACGAAAACAGCCACGAGUCUUCCCUACAUCUGCUGGCGCUUCCUCUGGUUCCUCCUCCUCCACCUCGCCUAUCCUUCAGGAGAAUGUAGGACAGUGGAGCUGCCCUGCAUGCACGCUUCUCAACGAUGUCAAGGCCAAGUACUGUGCAGCAUGCCACACAGCGCAGCAGUACCUCACCCUUCGCAAGGUGGUGAAGCCACUGAAGAGGAGGGAGAGCAUGCACGUGGAGGCUCGUCGACGGAAUGAUGAGGGGGAAGCCAAGGAGCUUUGGGAAAACAUUGUCAGCUUCUGCAGAGAGAACUCUGUGAACUUUGUGGAUGACAGUUUCCCCCCUGGACCUCGCUCCGUGGGCUUCCCCGAGGGGGACAGCGUCCAGCAGCGAAUCAAAAAGUGGCUGCGCCCCCACGAGAUCAACUGCAGCAACUUUAAAGACCGAGGUGUCAAAUGGUCCGUCUUCCGCACGCCGCGGCCCUCCGACAUCCUUCAAGGACUCCUUGGGAACUGCUGGUUCUUGAGCGCAUUGGCAGUGUUGGCAGAGCGUCCAGAGUUGGUGGAGAGAGUUAUGAUAACCAGGACCAUCUGCCAGGAGGGCGCCUACCAGGUUCGGCUGUGCAAAGAUGGGACUUGGACGACGGUGCUGGUGGACGACAUGUUGCCCUGCGACGACUAUGGCUGCCUCCUCUUUUCCCAGGCUCAGAGGAAGCAGCUUUGGGUGGCACUGAUUGAGAAAGCCCUGGCCAAACUCCACGGGUCCUACUUUGCCCUGCAGGCAGGGCGUGCCAUUGAGGGCCUGGCCACGUUGACUGGGGCCCCCUGUGACUCCCUUAUGCUCCAGGUCAGCUCCACAAACCCCCGAGAGGAACCCAUCGACACAGAUCUCAUCUGGGCCAAGAUGCUCAGCUCCAAGGAGGCUGGGUUUCUAAUGGGAGCUUCAUGUGGGGGAGGCAACAUGAAGGUGGACGACACCGUUUAUGAGUCCUUGGGUCUGAGGCCUAGACACGCCUAUUCCAUUCUGGAUGUUCGAGACGUGCAAGGUUACAGGUUGUUGCGGCUGCGUAACCCCUGGGGUCGCUUCUCCUGGAAUGGCAGCUGGUCGGACGAGUGGGCAGACUGGCCUCAGCACCUACGGCAUGAGCUGAUGGCUCAUGGCAGCAGCGAGGGGGUCUUCUGGAUGGAGUACACCGACUUUAUAAAAUACUUUGACUCAGUCGACAUCUGUAAGAUCCACUCAGACUGGCAGGAGGUCCGGCUGCAAGGCUGCUUCCCCAGCAAAGCCAGUGGGCCGAUCACUGUCACAGCCCUCACUGUGCUGGAGAGGACGACCCUUGAGUUCGCUCUCUUCCAGGAGGGAAGCAGGCGCUCGGACACGGCAGACAGCCACCUGCUGGACCUGUGCAUCAUGGUGUUCCGCGCUUCAUUCGGCAGCGGCAACAAGCUGACUCUGGGCCGCCUGUUGGCUCACAGCAAGCGAGCUGUGAAGAAGUUUGUCGGCUGCGAUGUCAUGCUGGAGCCUGGGGAGUAUUCUGUUGUCUGCUGCGCCUUUAACCACUGGCAGAUGAACGUGAGCGGGACGGGAGGUCCGCCCACACCCAUCUCCAGCCCCACCAGUGGAACCGCACGGCGGCACAUCCAGGACUUCCCCGGUUACAUACUGGCCAUCUACAGCUCCCGACAGGUUAUGGUGGAGCAGGUGGAAGCUACUCCCACCACACUCGCUGACGCCAUCAUUCUACUUACUGAAAACAAAGGCGAAAGACACGAGGGCCGUGAGGGCAUGACAUGCUACUACCUGACCCACGGCUGGGCAGGGCUCAUCGUGGUGGUGGAGAACCGCCACCCCAAGUACUACCUCCACGUCUCCUGUGACUGCACUGACAGCUUCAAUGUGGUGUCCACACGCGGCAGCCUCAAGACCAUCGACAGCGUACCGCCUUUACACAGACAGGUGUUGGUGGUGCUCUCCCAGCUGGAGGGAAACGCAGGUUUCUCCAUCACCCACCGUCUCGCCCACCGCAAAGCAGUCCAGGCAUCCCUGGGUGACUGGACUCCCACCAAGGCCACCCACUGCCCCCACCUCACACCUGACAUUGAUGGCCUGCAUAGACCCAGGCCUCUAUGACCCCUGCCCACUCUACCCCUCACCCAUAGACUUUAAUCCAGUUAACUGUCUGACCACUGAGAAAUCAAGCAAGGGUAGAAGAGUCUUGUGUGGAGCCCUAAAAUGUGGAGGAAGGUGGUUUUUGUGUUUCUUUUUAGAUGUGCACAUUAAUGUGAAGUCUACAUGGGCAUUUAUUCGUUCUCCAUCUGAUGCUCCAUAACUGCAGUAGUUUUUCAUCAUCCACACUUGCCAACUGGAUGUGCCAUGUCGGGAUGAGAUGAGGGAAAUGGGCCCGAGACGUUACCAGGAAUCCUGAGAAGAUCCAGACCAACCUAUUUUGGGAUGCUGGUUGUUUGCGCUGUGGGAGAAACUGAUACCAGGACUGCCGUGACUUGUUUGGUGGUAACCGUCUUCAAACUAAAGGCGGAGAGCUGAAACUGAGCCAUCGUCCCGCCCACAGGCUGCGAGGCAGUCACUCGAUCACACUCUUCCUCUACAUGUCGUCCACAAAGACACUUAACAAAGCAGAAUCCUCAGUAUGGUACAUUAUCAGCCAAACCCAUUGGGUUUUCAGCGUGAUUAUUGGUUCUUUUGUAUUUAAUCUUGUUUUAUAGCCUGACCCUCGUCGUCUUUUCCAUUAUUGUGUACUUGAGGUUGUAGACAAAGCCAUUAUUCAUACAGUGCAGUCUGUCCCUGCUGUUACUCAUCACCACGGUGCAGUGUAGUUCAGGACCAAACCCUGGUUUCUUACUUUGAAGUAGGUGCUCAGAAAACUGGAUUUAAUGUAGGAACAGGAGUCGUGUGAUUCUGAGACCCUCUUUUCGUUUAAAAAUGCUGACACAAUAUAGAAAUCCUCCUUGGAUUAGACAACACAGACCUCCUUUUGAAUUCUUAUUUUGAUUUAUUUUCAGCAGCAAUACUCCAGGUGCAAUAGAUUUUCUUACCUAAAGGGAUGGUUCAGAGUUUUUAAAGUGAGCCUUUGUUCAGUAGAUAACCGAGCAUCUUCCCUACACUAGAUAUCUCUUGGUGUUUUUCUAGACCUGCAGGUUGAAGCUAACAGCUGGUCCAAGAGCAGACGAGACCUAAGUGCUCUUCUACCAUCAUAAACCACUCCAAUGUGAAACACAUCAUAGCUAUCCUUGUUAUAAACCUUUAAAUCAUCUUUACUUUUUCAACAAACUGUUAUUUAAACAGAUAAUUUGCAUGAGAAAUGAAAGUAGGAGGUGGUGCGCCACCAAUGGUCUUCCUGUGUGAAACACUGACAAAGAAACAUGUCAAGUGUUUUGGGUCAGAGUGACCGCGUUAUGUGACAGAAGAGUUGGAUGCAAGUCAAUGAAAGAGCUUUCACUUACAACUAGAGAUGCACAGAUCAGAACUUUGUUUAAUUUUUUUAAUCCAGUUUUCACAAAGCUUUGACCUGCUCAUUUCUCUUUAAGAACUAUAAUACACAACGACGGAGAAAAAGGAUUCAAAACAUUUGAUUCUAGCAUUCUUGCCGUUGUUUAUAGUAAGAGCAGAAGGGAAAAGCAGGUUUAAGUAAUAUUUUCAACCAAAAAAGAAAAUGAUUACAGAGAUGACUGUCUCGAACAUCUUAUAUUAGCAAUUAGCACAGUUAGCAUUAGUACCUGUAAACAUCAUAAUCUGUGUGUAUUACAUAGAGAAUAUAGACCAACCACAACUCAGCAAAAAAGGCUGCAGACAUUUCCAAAUCCAAUAUGUUCCAUGAAAGAGAGAGAGGUUUUUCAGGAUUCUGUUCAGCCUUCCUAUAAUCUGCUUUAAGUGUUGCUCUCUCUCACUCCUUCACACACUAGAUCCUUCUUAAUAGCUUCAUAAAUCUCUGUGCUUUCUCUGACUUCAUUUUUAAACAACUCACUGAUACUCAAAAUAGUUAAUUUGGAGUCUUCUGCACACAGUAACAGGAUCCAAACUGGACACCAGUCUGGUCCGAACAAGCUGAAAAUCGGCCCAUUCUGGUCAUCAUCCGAUUUCUCUGUGCAUCUUAAGCAACUGUAAUAGUUUUGGUUUUUACACUGCUUUACCCGUCUGUCAGUUGUUCUGGCUGUAAUCAUUUUCCAUGUUCUGUUCCAACCCUGUUGCACACAGGAAGAUCAUUGGUCAACUCAUUUCCUGUGUAAAUAUUCAUCAGUUUCUAAAUAAGUAACCGGUUGAUUUGGAGGGGUUUUGACAUGAUAGGAAUCUGCUUUGGUCUUGGCUGCUCUUUGACUAGCUGUUAGCCUCAUAUAUUUAUACUAAAUAAAGAAGCCAUGAGAAUGAUGACUGCAGGUUGAAAAUCCUGAACUAUCCCUUUAAGGCAGUGGUUUCCAAUCCUGGUCCCCAGGACCCCAUGUCCUUCAUGUUUUAGAUGUGUCUCUGCUCCAGCACGCCUGAAUCCAGUGAUUGCAUUACCUCCUCAGCAGCCAUCAAGUGCUGCAAAGGCCUGUUAGUCGCCCAUUUAUUUCAGUCAGGUGUGUGACGGCAAGGAACACCUAAAACAUGCAGGACAGUGGGUCCUGAGAACCAGGAUUACAUACCACUGCUUUAAGGGAUCAGUUUAUAUCUUUGUUCCUAAACUUGGUGUUCACGAGGUAACCUCUAGAUUUAACAUCUAGCUGAAUGUCAGUUUGGAUCCAAUGUUUGUGCUUGCACAGUUUGUCAAUGUUACUUCAAGUUUUAGUGGAGCUGGAGAGCACUAGAAGCUCACUCAUUAACAAGCGGGCUCUUUGAAAGGAGCUGCUGAGUUUAUUUCAGGGGAUCAGGGACUUGUUUCGUUUACUUGGGGGAAGCCCAGGCAGGUUCUUGACCAUCCUCCUGAAGGAACUCAAUGACACCAGGAGGAACACGAAAUGAGGAACCAGAGCUGUUUUUAUGUGUGCUGUUGUCACCGCUGCAGUCAAAGCCAUCACUCCUCAUGAUUCUUUCCUGUCUGUGGCAACACAGCAGCUUUCUCAGAGAGAAACGGAAAAGCCUAAUGCGGUACUAAAGUCAACUUUUUUAAUUAAGUUUUUGUCUUACAAUCACUUUGUGUAAUGGGGAAACACUUGAAAGCUGAUGAGCUAAGUUCCUGAUGCGUUUAUAAUUAAUGAUUAGUAGUUAUAUUAUUGGGCACACAAACUUUAAAUCCUUGAAAUAUUUACUGCGGGCGAUUCAGAGAUAAAGAAGAGUGGGAACAUUCAUCUUCAUCGUGUUAACGUUUUCGGUCUGAAAUCCGACGCUACAGAUUCCCAAAGAAGCGUCUCUUUCUUGCCUCCGUCUGUGGAGUGCAGGACUGUUUGUGUGGUCACAGUUGUGCAGCUGUGAGUUUACUGUCUAAUUUAUUUGUACAAGUGAUUUGCAGGCAUGUUUUCCAAUGAAUACUGUUGAUUAGCUGAGCUCAUAAACAGAAGAUUGUGAUGAAGUUUGUUUUAGCUUGAAAAGAAAUGAACGUGCACUGAGACACCUGCAACGAGGUGGUCAUGAGAUUCAGUUUUGUUUUGUUCUGUACUGCGUUUUUUUUUUCUGUCAUAUUUGUCAUGUUUGGCUCCUCUUCUGUUGACUUGUGCUGGAGGCGCCCCCUGCUGCUGACACGGCAGCAACCAGAGAAGAAGUGGUCAGUGCAGCCAACACAAUGCCUUGUCUCUCCUGCCCUUCGCCCUCUUUUCCUCCUUGUAAAUUGUACAGACUGCAAAACUACAAGACUUGUCACACUUAAAAUAGAAAUGAGCUGAUCCUUUUAAACUUGUAAAAAAAACUUCACAGUAUGAUAGCAGAGAUGAACAGAAAAAUAACCUGAUAUGAAAAAAAAUGCUGAUGAAUGUGAUACAUAUUUUAGUGAUUGUUUUUUGUUUGGGGGGGGGAGUGGGGUUAUGAAUAUAUGUACAAAUCUGUAUGUUUAAUUUUCCAUCUCAGGUUCCAAUGGACCAAAUAAAUUUUUUUUAUUAAGAAAAA